CGAAAUGAACUUAAAUGAAAAUAGUUUUAUAACCAUUAAGCUUGUUAAGUAAAGGAGAAAUACAUUUUUAUAGGUUUUAUUAUCUGUGGAUUUUACAAUGAUUCACAGUUUGUUUAUCAUCAACCAUUCAGGGGAUAUAUUUCUGGAAAAACAUUGGAGAAAUGUUUUGGGACGCUCUGUUUGUGAUUAUUUCUUCGAAGCUCAGGGAAAGGCUACUUCUCCAGAAGACAUUCCUCCUGUAAUUGCAAAAGGAUUCAGUUAUCUCAUCAGUAUAUUUCGCCAUGAUCUCUUCUUUGUUUCUGUUGUUGAAAAUGAAGUUCCACCUUUGUUUGUGAUUGAAUUUCUUCAUCGAGUGGUUGACUUGAUCAAAGAAUAUUUCUCUAACUGUACUGAAACAAUCAUUAAAGAAAAUUGUGUCAUUGUAUAUGAGUUAUUGGAAGAGAUGUUGGAUAAUGGAUUCCCUCUUGCUACAGAGUCAAAUGUCCUUAAAGAGUUGAUAAGACCUCCUAGUAUAGUUAGAAAUGUUGUUAAUAAAGUGACUGGAGACAGCAAUAUGAGCAGUCAUCUCCCAACUGGUCAAUUGUCCAAUGAUCCAUGGAGGAGAACUGGUGUAAAAUAUGCAAAUAAUGAGCUGAAAGCAUUGAUGCCAUCAUUGAUAAACAGGCCUCCACCAUAUUUUCAGAAAUACAAGGAACUAGUAAAUAUGCUAUCAUUGUUUGCAAAGCCUCGUGUCUUGUUUCAAGAGUUUCAGGGUGGAAGUGGAAGAUUUGAAUUGUCGAUAAGUUCAAAACCAGUUAUGGGUAAAAAUAUCGAGAAUGUUGUCGUGACUGUUCCAUUUCCUAAACAAGUUCUCAACCUUAACUUGACUACAAACGUUGGUACCUAUUCAUUUGAUCCAAUCAAAAAAAAGCUUUCAUGGGAGAUCAGUAGAAUACAAUCUCAGACAUCGUCACCUAACAUCAAAGGAAAUUUAAAUUUCAAAAUAAAUUCAUUUGCCGCUUUGGGAUUGAAAGUCGGUAGACUGGAUGUACAUGGAGAGAACUACAAGCCAUUAAAGGAGUCAAGACACAACAGCUGGACGUGUUACAUGGAUGCUUGAAGCAUAUGGAGUUGCUCCUCCGAACAAGAAUUUGGCAUUACACUAUUCAACGUGGCUUCAAUUCUUUCCGUUUUUCUGGUGUUACUUGGGUACUUACAGCGUAUGGAUUUCCUAAACGGAAUUUGAUUGGUAGUCUUGACGGUCGUUAUGGAUUUAUCUGCGAGCAUUGGCUCAUAGAUCCUGCCUAUAGAGAUUUUAUCUCGUUUGAGAGGAAUAAAGUUUUAGAGAAAAGUCGCAUUAAAAAAUAUCUUUAAAAAGCGAUGUUCGACCUUCGUAAGAAACACCAACUGGAUUCCUUUGGGAUUGAAAGUCGGUAGACUGGAUGUACAUGGGGAGAACUACAAGCUAUGAAAGGAGUCAAGACACAACAGCUUGACGUGUUACAUGGAUGCUUUAAGCAUAUAGAGUUGCUGGUCCGAACAAGAAAUUGGCAUUACACUAUUCAACGUGGCUUCAAUUCUUUCCGUUUUUCUGGUGUUACUUGGGUACUUAGAGCGUAUGAAUUUCCUAAACGGAAUUUGAUUGGUAGUCUUGACGGUCAUUAUGGAUUUACCUGCAAACAUUGGCUCAUAGGUCCUGCCAAUAGAGAUUUUAUCUCGUUUGAGAGGAAGAGAGUUAUAGAGAAAAGUCGCAUUAAAAAGUAUUCGACACAGUUUGAUGGUUAUAAUCUGAGGCGUACAAAAACAACGACAAUAUCAAAGUUUGUCAUCUUGUUAAACACUCAAAGCUCGUCAAAUUGAUUGCUAGAAAUUAAUAUGAUUCGUCAAGAAAUUAAAAGAUGUUAAAUCAAAGAUGGUAUAUUUAUCAAAUUUUGAAGACAACAGAGUUGGAAAGUUCUACAGAGGCAAGUAGAAGCAAUAUGGAACCAACAACUGAGAGCUCAGAUAAAUCUGUGCAUUAUAAGAAGAAAUCAAACUCAUACAGCAGUCAAGCAGAAGCUAUGUCAUUUUUUGAAGAAGGAGAUUUAAGUAUGUAUAAUGGUGAUUAUGGAACAGCAAUUGAAAACUACAAAAGAUGUUUGGAAAAUGCCGACAAGAAUAACGUUAAAAUGAUGGUUUAUUUUGGUCUUGGUAAUGCUUACACCCUCUGUGAUAAUUGGGAGGAAGGAUUGAACAGUUUUAAUCAUUGCUUAAAGUUUUCGUCUACAGUUGAAAGUGAAUAUUUUGAACAUCAAGUAUACCUUGGCCUGGGGAGUGUUCAUUCUACCAUUAAAAGAUUGGAGGACGCAAUGAAGAAAGAUAAAAUGGAAUAUCUCUGCCAUAUUGCAUUAGGAGGAUUGAAUAAGUUGCUUGGAAAUUAUGAGCAAUCUUUGGAGCAUAAUAGAAAAGGAUUCUCUCUUAUUGAAUCUCAACAGCAACAACAUGAACAGCAUCAUCGACCACAACGACAAAGAAAAGUUGGUGGUAUCAACGUUAGUAAAGAUUUCGUCAACCUUAACAUGAAGAACUUGUCAAUUGUUACUUCAGCUGGAAUUGUGAAUGGAGUGUUGGCUGUUUUAUGGGAACUAGCGGAGUUGUUUGAUAAACUUGAACAAUGGGGAGAUGCAACAUUUAUAUAUGAAACAUAUCUGGAGAUGGUCACAAAAGAUAAAAAUAUAGAAAAACAAAAGAACGUCAUGGAGCGUCUGGUGCAAAUAUACGAUGAAGAAGAGCGUUAUUACUUAAGAAAGUCGAUGGAAGCCAAGUUACAA